GCGCACCGUGGGUUUAUAUUAACUCUCCGCUAAACGCGGGGAUGUUAUUAACUCUACUUUAAACUUGUUUAACACUGAUCCUGUGGUUUUAUACGCGUUAGAGCAUGUCUGCUUCAUGUUCGUGCUGGAUCUCAAGGGGAAGGUGCUGAUACGCCGUAAUGUUGACAUGACACAGAUCGACCACUUCUUCACCCUGCUAAUGCAACAGGAAGAGGAGGGGCUUCUCCACCCUGUGAUGUCACAAGGCAACGUCCACUUCACGUCAGGUGUUCACGGAGUACUUCAAGACGCUGGAGGAGGAGAGCAUUCAGGAUAACUUCGUGGUGGUGUACGAGCUGCUGGACGAGCUCAUGGACUUCGGUUUCCCGCAGACGACAGACAGCAAGAUCCUUCAGGAGUACAUCACGCAGCAGGGGAACAAGCUGGAGGUGGCCAAGACCAAAGUGCCCACCACGGUCACCAACGCCGUGUCCUGGAGAUCUGAGGGCAUCGAAUACAAGAAGAACGAGGUCUUCAUCGACGUCAUCGAGGGAGGAAAGGAGUUUCUGAUGCGUGCACACUUCUGUCUGCCGAGUGUAGAGAACGACGAGCUCGAGGGAAGACCUCCGAUCACCGUUUGAGAUCCCGUGUUUCACCGUGUCCGGUAUUCAGGUGACUUCACAUGUGUUCCCAUCCACCAUCUCCCUGUUUACACUCGUCACCCUGUUUACUGUUCUGAUUAAAGACAUCGUUCACCCAAGAAUGAUUAUUCUGUCAUUAAUGACUCGCCCUCAUCUCGUUCCAAACCUGUAAGAGCUUGGUUCAUCUUCAGAACACAAAUGAAGAUAUUUGUGAUGAACUCCUAGAGCUCUCUGAGUCUCCAGAGACAGAAGGAUCCUAACACCAUCAAGACUCAGAAACACAGCAAGGACAUGUGAAAUGUGUGUAUGAUCAGUUGUGAAACUCUUAUAUUGUGAAGGUGCGGUAUAUGAAGAUCAUUGAGAAGAGCGGCUCUCAGGAGCUGCCCUCACUCGCUCGGAGAUUACCAGCUGAGGACAAACAGUUUAUGAGACGUGGCUGAAAACUACACAGCAAUCUGUGGAAGAAGUUUAUUAAAUGUUUUUAGUAGUGGGUUUUAUCCUCUGAGAAUUUCAUUAGAAAAAAAUUAUUGUAUAAAUCGUUAAUCUUGAAUGUAAACACACCCAGCAUUUCAGUAAUUUUCUAAAGUGCUUUUUGCACCAGAUCAUGGAAUAUGUUUUCAAUCAUUUCUGUUUAUUUUUGCAAUAAAUGUAAUUUAUUUGUCCUGGAAUAACUGAUAUAUCUAAAUAUGUUUAUUAUCAUGAGCGUGUGUUGGCACGAAAGCCCGCUCUUUUCCGCGCGCUCUCUCUCUCUCUCUCUCAGUGAAUGAACGCAACAGUUUACAAAAUAAACCUUCUCAAAUCGCCCGCCUUCUGUGCUCUACUUCCUCAUUGGUCACUGGCGCAGUUGCCACGGUGAUACUGCAGCAACGCCUAUCGGCACUCCUCCCUUUUGUCCAAUUAUGGCAGCCGCGUUGGUGUGUGUGAGCGCUGAUUGGCUGCGGCGCUGUUGUCGGUCAGGCGCGCGAUGUGAAGGCGCUCAGCGCGUUUAUUUCAGAUUGUUUUGACGGAUUCCAGUAAACAGAUAAACAGCCAACGGUCGCUCAUCUGCGGACUGACGCACACAGACAGCGAUCUCCUCAGAGGAUGGUUGUGGACGGGUUCGGCCGCGGGAAGAGUCUCAGCGCGGCGGCGGCGCGGGGGAAUGUGGACGCGGUGCGGCGGAUGUUGCAGGAUCACCGGCUCCAACCGGACACGCUCAACGAGUUCGGGAAAACCGCACUGCAGGUGAUGAUGAUGGGCUGCACCAGUGUGGCUCGUGUGCUGCUGGACCACGGAGCUGACCCUAAUGUCCAGGACCGCUGUGGAGUGACCCCUGCACAUGAUGCGGCCCGCACCGGGUUCCUGGACACACUGAGGGUUCUGGUGGAGCACGGGGCCUCUGUUAACGUCCCUGACCACAGCGGAGCCCUGCCCCUCCACACGGCCGUCCGCGAGGGCCACAGGGACGUGGUGGAGUACCUGGCCCCGCUCUCUGACCUCGGGCACCGGGACGGCCGUGGGGUCACCGCUCUGGACACGGCCCGGGACGCUUGCGCUCUGGAGAUGGUGGAGCUGUUAGAGCGUCUGAUGGGGACCAGUUCACACUGAAGAACUGUACGCCUCGACUCAUGAGAGGCUUGUAUUUAUAUCAAUCUGUUGGAUGUUUGAGUAGUUGGUAGUUGAACUCAUCACAUGUAGCACUGGUUUUGCACAGAGCGGAUCCGGGACGGCUCUCCUCGAGCGGGUCUGCAGGCACACCUGUAAAUAACACUUUCUUUGGUAUCUUACAAAACAUUUCUGUGCAGAAACUUGAACUGUUAACAGUUUUAUUCUUGUGAAAUUAUUUCUUGCCAUCCGCGCACUGAUGAAUUCUUGCUUUGCGUGUAAGUUUGCUCGGAUUAAUGUCUGUAAAUAACAUUUUAUGAAUUUAUUUGACCUAUUUAUUGAAGAAUUGUAUAUUAACGUUUGUUUACCGUGGUAUUUCAGAUGUUAUUUAUUAAAGUGUUUAAUAAACUGAAAAAAC